AUGGUGAAGGGCCUGCAACGUCUCUUCGCGUCACCAUGGCGUGCAGAGGGUAUCUGCAUUACUGCUGAGGCAAAGUCAGCUGGAAAGCAUCAUUAUGGAAUUGCGGUACAUAGAGAAAAGCCAAGGCAUUCAGCUGAUGAUUCUGAUGGAAGAAGCAGGAUUUUGAAGGGGAUAUGCUACGAGGCGCAGGCGAGGCUGUCGGAUCCGGUGUACGGUUGUGUGUCGACCAUUCUAUCGCUUCAGCAACAGGUUGCAUCGCUGCAAGCUGAGCUAUCCGUGGUGCAAUCCCACCUAAUAAACAGCAGGCUGGCUGCAGCAGCCUCCAGCAGUCUCCACGGAUCGCGGCAGCAGAUGCAGCAGCACAACACAGUUCUCCAGCCAGCGUACUCAAACACAUCCUCGGUAUCCAACAACAAUGCGAUCGACCUCAGCAGCUUUCCUCCUCCUGGCUUGGAUCUCCCUCAUGCUUCUAUGCCUUCUCGAGGAACAUUUGAUGCGUUGCAGCUCUCAUCGCGACCGCCGCAGGAUGAGGAUGAGGAGGAGAGUAGGAACACCGUUGCUUUUAUCGAUGGGGUCUUUCGUCAGAAGUAACUUCUUGUUGGCUUAGUUUAGUAUAGUGCAGUAAUCGGGAGUUUUGACAUCCUUGGUACGGAGCCUUAUAUUGUAGCUUUUGAUCAGAAUAAUAUUGACAUAUUUAGAGAAGACAAAAUAGAAGGAAAUUA